GACAUUGAAGUGGUUGUUUUUAGCGUUUUUUAAUCCAGGCUCCAAGUUUUUAGCUUGCAGUGAUGCUGAAUCGCGGGUGCUGAUAUCGGGGUAGCGUCCGUCGCUGGAAAAAAAUGCGCGUUUGCAGCCUUGUAAAGAAUAAUGCAACUGGUUUUUAUGCAAGCGGGUGGCAGUUUGAUAUUUUUAAAGCAUGUCUACUUGUGGGGUUUUUACAUAUUUUUCUUUUACGUUUUCUGUCGUUCUGACUUUUGCUGUGGCUGUGCUUUGCUUUGUAUUUUACAGUGUUGUUUCUCAGAGUUUUGUGAUUUUGCGAGUCCCUGCUUUUAAUUUUACUUGUUUUCUUUAAGAGAAUCCUUUUCAAACCUGGUGAUAUUUUAACAUGAAACUUUUCUUCAGGGUUAUUCGCACCAAAAGUUGUUUCUUUUUGUUUUUUCUUUUGCCUUUCAUUUUUCUAUUGACUAUACUUUUGCAGAUUUGAGUAUCGAAUAUUUUUGGAUGUUAUAAUUUUUUUCGAAUUAGUUGUUGCAAGUCGGUGGCGGAGAAGUGAUCUUGGGGGAAAAUCGUUGUGUUUUUGGUGUCCUUAUCAAAGAAGAUGAACGACCAGUUUCCCUUUGCAGGGCCUGCAGUGGAGGAUGACUGGCAAGACGCAGACCAGCAACGUGACCAACAAGAACGACCCCCGCUCCCUCAACUCCCGGGUCUUCAUCGGCAACCUCAACACAGCCAUUGUGAAGAAGGCCGACAUCGAGGUGAUCUUUGCCAAAUACGGCAAGAUUGUGGGCUGCUCGGUGCACAAGGGCUAUGCGUUCGUCCAGUACAUGAGCGAGAGGAAUGCCCGCGCUGCCGUGGCGGGGGAGAACGCCCGGAUCGUCGCCGGCCAGCCCCUCGAUAUCAACAUGGCCGGGGAGCCCAAACCGUACAGACCGAAAGCUGGGUCCAAGCGACCCUUAUCAGCUGUCUACAGCGGUUACGAGUUUGACUACGAUUACUACAGAGACGACUUCUACAGCCGGCUCUUUGACUAUCACAGCAGAGUGGCCCCCCCCCCAAGGGCCGUGAUCCCUAUCAAGCGCUCGCGGGUGGUGGUCCCAUCCACACGCCGGGGGAAAUCCUCCUUCCCGCUCAAGACCUCGUCGUCCUCCUCCUCUUCCUCCUCCAGACCAACUACGUGCGGCUCCUCCUCUUCCACUGGACCGAAAUUGAAGAGCGACCAGCUGCAGACCAUCAAGCGGGAGCUGACACAGAUCAAAACGAAGAUCGACUCGCUGCUGGGCCGGCUGGAGAAGAUCGAGAAGCAGCAGCGCACUGAGGCCGAGGUGCAGAGGAGGUACGAGGACACGUGCGAGUCUCUGCCAGAGGAGUCCAUAUCAGAGACAGCGGACAACUCGGCGGAGGAGGUGGGGGACGGAGCACUGGACACGGAGGCCGGGGAGAUGACCGACGUGGGCGAGGAUGAUUACGACGAGGACGGCAGCAACGACCCGAUAGAGAACCAUGUAUCGGACAUAGACAACUGAAAAAGGGAGAAGGAGAGUGAACCAAAGCCGGAGGAAGAGGGAAGCAGCGCCAUCUAAGGGAACUGAAAUAGUCCCAAGGAAACGCAUAGACGGCUUUCGGAAAAGACGCUUUCUCGGGAAAAAAAAUGAAAAUGAAUCUUUUGCUUCGUAAGAAAGGUUUCAUGGGCCACGGCGACGUGGGACUGACCAGUGUGCACCCUUAGAAAAUGUUCGUUAGUUUUCUCCGACACUGUCCACAUCACACAUCAAUGUCAUUUAUUUGUAAUUAAAAUCCAUUCAGUCCUACAGAUGUUUUAAAAACCCUUUUAAAUAUCAUAUUUGUUCGAAUAAUGAAAGACUAUAAAGAGGCACUUCAGCACAUAAUGUGUACAUCCGUGUAAGGCAUGCACUCUGCCUAUUGGCGCUUUCUACAAACCAUUUAUAUGAAUGUCAUUGUUUAUUCCGUAUUUUUAAUUGAAGAUGAAGAAUGUCCUACAUCUCCUCCCUUAGCAGUUUGCCAGUUAAUAAGACCCCAUAUUCCUGGCUGGUUUGUUUUCCCCACGUAACCCUGAUAGAUAAAAUCUUAAUAGGUUGCUUCUUCAACAUUGGGGCCCAUUAAUAAAUAAUUGUUUUUGAAAGAGGAGGAGCUAAAGUGAACAAAUACAGAGCGUUGUUCUGAGGAAUUCAGAAAGUGGGUCUUUUUUAUUACCCCUCACGUAUCUGCUGUGGCUGUAAACACCCCCUUCCAGGAGCUGGUGCGACCCAAGCAUGUUUGCUGUAGCGUGUGACACUUUAUGUCAUCCUGACUUGUGCCAGAACUUUCUAAUAGGGGGCAUGAUGCCUCACCCUGUAGUGCCUCCCCCCCCCCCCCUCUUUCUACUGAGGGUUUCACCCCCUCCCCUCCCAGUGGCCACUGGCUUCUCAUUAGGGCUCUCCAGCUCCUCUUUUUAGUAUUUAGUUAAAAGGUAAAUGCCACCGGUUUUCAAGGAGGGCUCUCCACUGGAUAAAAAACAUCAUUUCAGUGCGGUGCCCUCCCGUCAAAAAAGCAUAAUGGCACAGUCCAAAGUGUCUGUUACAUCUGCUUUUCUAUGUUUCAUGAAGAAUAGAAGGUAAAAUGGCAAGUAAAUGGCAGCGAAAGGCAGUCAUGUUCCUCGUAACUACCAAGGGUGGGGAGAC